GGGGUUGGAGAGCAACAUGUUGCUCACGAGCUACUGGUUGGGGAUCACCGCUAUAGAUCCUAUUCCUGCUGCGGGGAGGAGUCGAAGGAUUCUGUGUGUGCACUUUCAGAUCUGAGCUCCUGUUUAAACGAUAUAAUGGUACCACCUGAAAUACCUGAAAGAAGAUCCUUCAAGACCAAGAGCAUGAGACGUGAACCCAUAACACAGACAUCAUCAGGCCUUGGAGAAUGCUCCAGAUCAUUGUUACCAAAAUAUUCUCCUAAAGGCUCGUUAUUGAGUGAGGAAGAGAGGAAAGUGGCAGAGAAAGCAAAGCAGAGAACCCUGAGGAUUCUAUUUGAUGCUCUGGAGAAAAAGGACAGUCUCUUAGUGGUGAAACCUGAGGAUUUUGUUGGCAUUCCAAAGAAAAAGACUUUCCCCCUCAUCCCCCUAAACUUGGUGCAAGAUUUGAUCAUUAAUCUUCUCAGCGUUACAUUUAGGAAAAGUUACUGUGCAAUUCCUGAGACCUUUGAGCUACUGCAGGGUUCAGAUGAAAUCGUUAUUUAUCUAAGUCCCCACUUUUGGCACCAAAAGGAGAUGUUGGGCCAAGGUUCCCGCCCUGGAACCCUCAUUCUGGAGUUAUCACGUGUUCUGGGGUAUAAACGUUACCUAGGGAGUCCCACAGAUGAAAGAGAAGAACAAGCUCAACAAGGUCAACAGAAAUUUCCACUUACAGCUUCUGAGAUCUGCUCAGUAUUUGAAAAAUGGAUGUGUCACAGCGGAUCUUACUUUGGAUACUAUUCCUGCUGUGGGGAGAAAUCAGUGGAUUCUGUGUGUGACAUUCUGACUGGACCAUCCCACCACCUACUGUCUGAUAAGGAAUAGUGGGUUGCCUAUAACCAAUCUAGAAUUGUUGCACCUCCGAUAAUGGAAAAUCAAAGUGAAUAAUAAAUAAGUCCUAAAGCAGUAAUUCCCAAACUGUGGUGCAGGACCCUGGGAGCCUAACUCCACCGCAGGGGAACAGUUUAUUGGCAUAGGAGGCCCCCUCAAUGGCUAAUGGCACUUCCACAGUGCACAUUCACAUGACAGGAGUCCUGGAGGCUUCAGGGAAGACACACUGUGUGUGCAUGUGAGAUUGUGAGGACAAGAGUGUAUCUCGUGUAACUGAAUGUUUCAGGUCAAUUGGCUCCGGUCUGCCCCUGUGAACCUGGGAAAUGGUUGAUUCUUUGGGAAUGAACUCAUUCAUAGUAUCCUCCAAUACUUAUGAAAUAUCCCAGCUGAAAAUAUGAGCAGCAUGUAGCAGUGAACUACUGUAGAGAACCACUGGAAAUAGUAGCCCUGGUUUCUACAGUAAAAUUGUUAUGAGCUAAGGGGGGUGAACAAAUAAAUGUUGGACCUUAAAGAGGGAUAGUUUAACCCCAAAAGCCUGAAACCCACUGACUAAUGUCUUUCAUAUCUGUCCUGGCAUUCUGAAGUACAGUGAUUCUACCAAAGGUCCUGCAUUUGUUCAUUGGCAUGUUACCUGCUGAAUAACUUCCAUGAGGAGGUGCAGAGCCUUGGCCUAUGCAGAUUUUGUAAAAGGCACUUAUAUAAGGUAAAGGCUUCUGAUAAACAAACAUGGGAUUUAUCCUCCUGCUCUAUCAGCUCUGUGCACUUUUGGUAUCGGGAAAUCAAUUUAAAAGUUAAAUGAGCCCUAAAGCAGUGGUAAUACCAUUUGCCGUGUGUUAAUCACUGUUCAAUUAACAUUAUUUCAUCAUGGAGAGAAAUAAUAGAUUACGUCUACUCUUUUUUGGUAAAUUUAUCCUGUUCC